AUGGAUGGAUUUUUAAAAUCAGAUGAGAGACAAAGACUGGCCAAAGAAAGACGAGAAGAAAGAGAAAAGUGUCUGGCUGCCCGGGAGCAGCAGAUCCUGGAGAAAGAAAAAAGAGCCAAGCUCCAGUAUGAAAAGCAAAUUGAGGAGCGAUGGCGAAAACUGGAAGAGCAGCGGCAGCGGGAGGACCAGAAGAGGGCUGCGGUGGAAGAGAAGAGGAAGCAGAAGCUCCGGGAGGAGGAGGAGCGGCUGGAGGCAAUGAUGCGCAGGUCCCUGGAGCGCACGCAGCAGCUGGAGAUGAAGAAGAAGUGUUCAUGGGGAGCAUCGCUGGCUGUGGGCCCCACAGGACGCGAUGGUGAAUCAGAAAAUACCCCACCCCCUCCUCUAGGUUUAGCAUCCAGCACCCUCCCUCCGGAUGCAGGGACCACUGCCGCCGCUGCCGAGCCCACCAACGCAUGUGACAAACUUUCAACAUCAACCGUGAAUUUGCCAAAGCAGACGGAGCCUCCCAUGAGUAAACGCCUGUCUUCAUCUACCGUGGCAAUAUCCUAUUCCCCAGACCGAGCUCUUCGCAUGCACCUUAGUACCAUGGAAACCUUUCUUGUUAUGCGACUGUUGACACCCACACAGGCUUCUUUAGCCAGAAGCAGAAGUGCAGUCAUGCUCUCUGAGCAGGCCGGUGACUCAGUAUUCCCUACCUGUCCUCGUGCAGCUGCUGCUGGCUCUCUUAAAUCUUCUUACAAGUCUUCUCCCACUCGAAACACCGAGAGGAAGAAGACUGCAUCUACAUCUGGCGUAGGAGAUGCUGGGAAAGGAGCCCCUGCAGGAGCAGAGGCCCCUCUGAUGGAGAAAGUGAAGAGGGGACAACGAAUGACAACUUCCAUUCCCACUGGGGGCUUCGGGUCUCCUCUGAGAAAAUGCGAGUUUCCUGGAAGUUUUUCUAAGAGGUCGUCUUCUCCUGUGAUAUCCAAGACAAUGUCAAAAGCAUAUCCACAAUCUCCAAAGAUGGGGAAGCCGCCAUACCCAGGGUCUCCCGUGAAGUACCGCCUUCCUGCCUUUCCCAGCCUAGAAACUCCCAAGAAGAAAGCAGAGAAAGAAAAGAGCAACAAGGAAAAGGAAGGUGCCUCUGGUCAGCAGGCCACUGGCCCACAUGGAGAGGAAGCCCUAGAGAAGCAUGUGGCAGACAAGUACGCCAACGAGAAGCACGUGGCUGACAAGUAUGCCAGCGAGAAGCAUGGGACCGCAGGAGGGAAGGCAGAGAGCAGCACAGCCUUAGGGAAGCCCACAGCAGGCACCACUGAUGCAGGGGAGGCCACAAAGAUCCUGGCUGAAAAGAGACGACAGGCCCGGCUGCAGAAGGAACAGGAGGAACAAGAACGACUGGAGAAGGAAGAACGAGACAGGCUGGAGAGAGAGGAGGUAGAAAGAAAGGUGGAAGAGGAAAGGCUUCGCCUAGAAGCAGCAGCCCGCAAACAGGAAGAGGAAAAGAAGUGGCAGGAAGAGGAAGAGAAAAGAAAGGAAGGAGAGGAGGCCAAGCGGAAGGCUGAGGAGGAGCUGCUGCUGAAAGAAAAGCAAGAAAAGGAAAAGCAAGAAAAAGCCAUGAUUGAAAACCAGAAAGAAGCAGCAGAAGCAAAGACCCUGGAAGCAGCUAAACAGAUGCUUCUAGAAAGAGAACAGAUUAUGCUGCAGAUUGAGCAGGGGCGACUGGAGAGGAGGAAGAGAAUAGAUGAAAUCAUGAAGAGAACAAGGAAGAGUGAUGUGUCUCCAGAAGUGAAGAAAGAAGAUCCCAAAGUAGGAAUUCAGCCUGCUGUGUGUGUGGAAAAUAAGACAAAACCAGUCAUUCCCAACAAAAUAGAAAUCAAUGGAUUGAACACCUGCCAGGAUGUUAAUGGUGUGGGGCGCCCUACCCCAGAAACUUUUCCCCAAGAUGUUUUCUCUAAUGGGCUUAAACCAGUUGGGGGACUUGUUCAUCUGGAUGCCCUUGAUGGGAAAUCAAACAGUCUGGAUGAUUCGACUGAAGAAGUUCAGUCUAUGGAUGUGAGUCCUGUUUCAAAAGAAGAGCUUAUCUCCAUCCCAGAAUUUUCACCAGUGAGUGAAAUGAUUCCUGGGGUGUCUCUGGACCAAAAUGGAACUGGUAAUGCCCGAGCGCUUCAAGAUAUCUUAGAUUUCACUGGCCCCCCCACAUUCCCCAAGAGAUCCAGUGAAAAUCUCAGCCUGGAUGACUGUAACAAAAACCUUAUCGAAGGAUUUAACAGUCCUGGCCAAGAAACUACUCUGAACACCUUCUGUUGACAAAUUCAACAUCCCUUUAAGGAGAGGUGGGGUUUGGAGACCCCGUGAAGCUGCUGGUAGUCAAAUCCAAGCUGCUGGCCAUCUGAAGACACUUCCGUCCCCCUUAACUGCUGGAUUCCAAAUUAUCACAUCGGAAUGUAACUGUAUUCCUAGGUAGUCUGUCAAACACUGGCCACUCUUGGUACAAACCUUGAGACUUUUGCCAUGUUGGGCUUUAGCAAAGUUUCAUUUUAUGGUUCUAUUUAUGAGCUUCAGCUGCUGAUAAAACACUUCCUGUACUCUGUUAUCAUAGUGAUCCUCUGAUUCUGGCUCAGAAAUCCACUUUAUAACCAUUCUUAUUCCCCAAGUUGGAGCACAUAAACAUUUAGAUGUCUUUUCCUGUAAACUAUUCUAGACAUUUACCCAAACUCUAGUUAAACAUAUACUCAACUUGGGCUGCGUAUCUCCAUUUCUUUGUUUAGAAGGAGAAGUAGUUCAGGAGCUUCCCCCUCCCCCAGGGUUUUCUCUUUUGGAAGGCACUAUCAAGAAACCUUAUUUGUAUUACUAAGCUUUGCCACCUGCAAAAUGCAUGGCCCCACAUUACUCUUUUGAGUUUACAGUAAUAAGUUUGGUUGAGUAAGGAAGUAAUUAAACAACAAUUUCUGUUCUCUUACGCAUAUUCUUGUAUACAUGAGCAACCUAGCAAGGACCCUUCUUGUCACACCUUAAAAUCUCCAAACUGUAGUCACUCCAAAUCACGGAGUGGCUUUCCAGCUGGAUGAAUUGUGUGUCUCCUGUGCAGUGGCUAAUUUCCAUGUUUUUGCUAUUGUUUUUCUCUUGGAUCUUGAGGGUUUUCUUUGUUUGCUCCUGUGUUUGCCCAGCUGUAAUGAAAUCAGGCACAACUGAAAAUCAUAGUUCUCUGAAACAAGGGGGCUCCAAACUGGUCCCAGUAUGUCACUUUAAUAAACUUUAAUAAAAAACAUCUGAGUGGGGGGGAAAUGACACUAGAAUGUAUACUCCACACAUUUGAUGCCAUGUAAUGGUGUGUUAUUUUUUUCAUUUCUUAUGGUGAAAUGUGACUUUCAAAUCAAAAUGACCUUUUCUUUGAAACUUUCUAAUUUGAGUUGUACAAUAAAGGGUUUGGAAAGAUCCACAAUUCUGAGAGAGGUUUGCAACCAGGAGAUAUAAAGAAGUCUCAAUAGUAAUCUUCAUAUGCUUUUAAAGACAGCUACAGUUUAAGAAUUUAUUGGGUAUGGAAACUGUGUAUGUUUGUGUAUGUGUAUAUACUGAAUAAAAUACAUGCCUCCAAUAAUGCGGUGCCAUUGAUCUUGGUUAAUAUCAGGGGGAAAAUCCCUUUUAUGACAAGCACACAGAAAAUGAUAGCAUGGUCCUACUUUCAAAAAAUGCCUCGCCAUCUUUCUUAUAACUUCAUUUUGCUAAAUGUCUGUUUUGUUGUGAUCUGUUGUACCUCACAGCACCAUUGUGAUCAUGGUGAUGCCUCAUUUGCAUGAUGUGUAGAUUGUGUUUAAUGUGAAAUACAUUUUCAUUGAAGAGUC